AUGGAAUCCGGAGAGCGAAAUGUAGUAUUGGAAGCAAUUUUCUACAACAAUGAAGAUGACAACUCAAUGAUUUAUGAUGUGAACGAGGAUGGAGUGACCCAUGCUUGGAAUCUCUCUUCAAGGCAUAUAAAGAGCAUGCACAAAUAUAAAGGCUUUGCUAUUGUGAAGAAAUCAGCAUGUAAGGGGAGGAAUGGUGAUCGAAAAUAUCAGACUAUUAGUUGUGACAAAGGAAGGAAAACAUAUUAUGAGAAUUCCUCGAAGAGGAUAAAUUGUAUUGCUAGGUUAAGCAUGGUUCUAAGAUCUAAUGGAAAGUGGCAGGUUACAAAGGUUCAGACAAAUCACAAUCAUGAUUUGGAUCCAUCAAUAUGUAGGCUCAUGGCAAGACACAAGAAUUUGAAUCUUGAAGUGAGGAGAAAUCUAGAGGCUAAUGAUAUUGCUGGGAUCAGGCCUUGCAAAAGCAUUAGGCUGCUUGAAAUCCAAUUUGGUGGGUUAGAGAAUCUAAUAUGUUUGUCAAAGGAUUGUCAUAAUUUCAUUGAAAAAAAUAGGAAACUGAGACUUGGUGAAGGUGAUGUUGAGUCAAUCCACCAAUUAUUCUUGAGGAUGCAACAAAAGGAUAGAGAUUUUUUUCACUUGAUUGAUGUUGACAGUGAUUCUAGGUUUCCAAAGCUGCUUACGAGGAGUUCAUUGAUUUUGUUAGCUUCGACACAACAUACUUAG